UAUCCGAUGACGUUCGCCAACUGUUCGGUUGUGUUGGGAUUGACUCGGGCAAAGAUCGGUCUCUUUUAUCCUGCAAGUGAACAAAAUGCCCGCGAAAAAAGCAAAAGCAAAGGUAAACAAGAAGGGCGCCAAGCCUGUGGUCAAGGGGAAGAAGAAGAGGCAGACCCUUCACUUCACCAUCGACUCCAGCCUGCCGGUGGAAGAUGGCAUCAUGGACGCUGCCAACUUUGAGACGUUCUUGCAAGACCGCAUCAAGGUGGACGGCAAGACCAAGAAUUUUGGCAACAACGUCAGCAUCGAGCGCAAGAAGAGUAAACUCACCAUUACUUCCAAUGUCCACUUCUCCAAGAGGUAUCUGAAGUACCUGACCAAGAAGUACCUGAAGAAGAACAACCUCCGUGAUUGGCUUCGCGUCGUCGCCUCGGGCAAGGAGACCUACGACCUCCGCUACUUCCAGAUCAACCAGGAAGAAGAUGAAGACGAGGACGAAGAUUAAAUCUAAGAAAUUGCGCCGGACGUCACGCCCUUCCAACCAACCAAACAAUUAUAACAAAUAUCCUAACUCGGUCUCUCAAUAUUUUCAAGAUACAAUAUCUCAGUUCUCAGUCUGCAAUAAAACAUGUCAUUGUGCAGUCAUAUUGUAUGAUGCACAUUGUGAAAAACUCUGCAUCGGUUUGAUACAAUAUCUGAGUUAUCAAUUUACAAUUCAAUCAAACAGUCGCAGCGUUGUCAUAUUUUGUGGCGCAUGGUGUUUAGGUUUUGGCAGUCGCAUUCACGCAGGUUCCCCGUGUCACUUCAGCUGGUUUGGCAAGUUCACGUUUAUGCUUUUGAGCACUGUUCACAUCUGCAGGAACUUUUGUAUCUAAGAUCGGAAUAAAAGGCAUAAGACUUUGCCACAAGGAAUUUA